GCCGGGGUCAAACAAUAUUGCGCAUGCUCAGAAAGCCUUUUUCGGCUAGCGGCUGAAAUCUGUCAGCUCAGCGGAGCGUAAAUUCCUCUAAUACCUUCAAAUAUCUCGGAGGAUUUCCUUCCUUUGAACGUCGCCGGAGCUUUAAAUCUAGCCUCGGGUGUCGCCAGAUUUGGAUUCCAACUUUUCGCCGUGUGUAGCCGAAGGAAAGAGCCAAGAAUGACGAGCAGUACGAAGCGGAAAGAAGAAAGUCAUCUGCUGAAUGGAGGUGUAAAACAGUCCACAUGGAGCAAAGCCUUCAACAGUAAUGCUGUCUGGGAGGAGAAGGACGAGUUUUUAGAUGUGAUUUACUGGCUUCGGCAAAUUAUUGCAGUAAUCCUCGGUGUGAUAUGGGGUGUUGCACCGUUGAAAGGAUUUCUGGGAAUAGCCAUAUUCUGCAUCAUCAACGCUGGCGUCCUGUAUGUAUACUUCAGCAGCUUUCAGCAGAUUGAUGAGGAAGAGUAUGGAGGCACGUGGGAACUCACCAAAGAAGGCUUCAUGACGUCUUUUGCUCUGUUUCUGGUGGUGUGGAUAAUCUUUUACACAGCUCUACAUUUUGACUGAGAAGAAUCCAUUGGACACUUAAAAACAAACAUUUCUGUUGAAGUAAAUUGUCAAGAAAGAGGAACUCCAUGACCCGAGGGGGUGUCAACACUCCUACAUACAGUAUGACUUUUCAGUGUGCAGUGCAUCAUGGGAAUCCUAGUUCGAUCCUGCAAGAUCACCACCGCGAUGAACGUGUUCAAAUACUGUACACAGGCCUAAUUUUGGGGGGUUCCUUUUCAAGGCACCUUCCAUUACUCUCUCAUAUGUUAUUUCCUUCCUCACUUCAUUCUCAUGUCUGACAAAAAAAAACACUAACAAAUAUAGAGAGCAAAUAGUUAAUUUGAGAUUGGAUGCAGUUGUGUUUAUGAUGCAAGUCAGAAUAAGGAUUCUUUCAUCUUUGUUGAUUCAUAGCAGGCCGUUUUUUGUUUUAGAAGACUGACAUGAAUGCAGAUUUUUAGACUGUAAAGAUAACAACCAGUAUGUGUGUUCAUCCGUACUGCUCAAGAGCUUAAGUAAGAGGAACUGGGCAAUAAAAACUAAGUCUCACCAUAUAGUCAUUAGGGUUCAAUCAGUCCAUGAAGUGUGAAGUGUUAGCUUUAAUUUAAAACGCACCAUAUUUGAUGUAUGAAACUAAUUGUAAAUGAUUGAUACUGUUAAAUCACCCCUCUGAAAUUUCACUCCAAAAUUAUACGUUUGCCUUUUUUAAGAAAAUAAUCUGGGCCUUUAAAAAAGUGUCAUGAAAUUAAAGCACAUUACAGGUCACUGUUAAGGUUACCAGCUAUAGUAUGUGUCUGUGGUUUUAAGGAUGGUGUCAAAAGACUCAAAGAUUCAUGUUUUUUUUUUCUUUCCCUCCCUUGAUAUAAUCUGAGCAUUUUUGAAUAAAAUCUGUCAAUUGUUAUUUCUUCUAAAGGGUCUGGUGUGUAACAAAUGUGAAAAAUAGUAGCUAACCACAGUGGCAAUCUCACUAACUUUAACAUGAAAAACAAGUGCUGGUGGUAAGAUACACAUAUCAGCUGAUAUCCAAUCCCGAUGCAAGUAUCAGUGCGCUAUCUGUCCGUUCAACUUAUUUCCUCAAAGUAAAGAGGGAGGAAACGUGCAUGCCGUUUUCAAAUGCAAAUGUUCACAGAUUAAGCUAAAAACUGGUCUGUGCACUGCCAUGACUUGCUGUUCGUAUAUCUAGAUGUCAUUUAUUAAUGGCAUUAGUUAGGGGGUGUAGAAAUAAUUUCAAUUUGUUUUUCCUCACAUGUAGCUUCCAGAUCAAAGUCUUACCUGUUGUUUUUUAAAUUAAUUUAAAGAUGUCUGUAAAUUCUGUAUAAUGUCCCUUUUGUCAGAUCCACCUUGUAUUACAGAUUUAUUUGUACUUAUGUUAUAUCUUGUUUGAUGUAACAUAUUUCUCAGUAUUUUAUAGUGAAGAACUUUUAAAAGCAGCUCUUGCAAAGUUCUUGUAAUGAUACUGUUAUAUUAGAUACACAGCAGGUGUUUGAAAGGAUUGUAUUUUCUGAUCAAAUCUUUUGGGAAUCAUUAAACAUGGGCUUUAUUUGGCCUCCAUUUUCAAAGA